GUUUCUUUUUGACAUUUGCCGGCGCCAAUUUGCUUACAUAUUUCGUUUUUAUUUACAGCGUCUUGUUUUUUGAAAAACUAUACAAAAUGAGUGAGAAGACUGAAAAACAAUGUCGAGUGCCAUGGGUGGAGAAGUAUCGGCCCACAAAGUUGGAUGAUUUGAUAUCUCACGAGGAAAUAAUCUCGACAAUCAAUCGCUUCAUUGGCCAAAAACAAUUACCACAUUUGCUCUUCUAUGGCCCACCCGGAACGGGUAAAACGAGUACAAUACUCGCCUGUGCUAAGCAGCUGUACAGCCCCACACAAUUCAAAUCAAUGGUUUUAGAGUUGAAUGCCUCAGAUGAUCGUGGUAUUGGCAUUGUACGUGGACAAAUUUUGAAUUUUGCCUCAACUCGCACUAUCUUCAGCGGCACCUUUAAAUUGAUUAUAUUGGAUGAAGCCGAUGCUAUGACAAAUGAUGCACAGAACGCUUUGCGUCGUAUUAUUGAGAAAUACACGGAGAAUGUACGUUUCUGUGUUAUUUGUAAUUAUCUAAGCAAGAUUAUACCAGCGCUACAGUCACGUUGUACGCGAUUCCGUUUUGCGCCGCUAUCGCCUGAACAAAUUUUGCCACGGCUUGACAAAAUUAUUGUGGAGGAAGCGCUGAAUGUCACUGAGGAUGGCAAGAAAGCGCUGAUGACACUUUCCAAAGGUGAUAUGCGUAAAGUCUUAAACGUAUUGCAGAGUACAUCUAUGGCAUUUGAUGUCGUUAAUGAAGAUAAUGUGUACACUUGUGUUGGACAUCCACUGCGUAGUGAUAUAGAGCGUACACUGCAAGCCCUACUUUCGACAGAGAGCUUCGAGGAAACUUAUGAUGAAAUUCAACGCAUAAAAUCUGUCCGUGGCCUCGCUCUUAGCGAUAUUCUUACGGAGCUACAUUUGUUUGUUAUGCGCUUGGAACUACCACCGGGAGUUAUGAAUAAACUGAUUAUAAAAAUGGCCAGUAUUGAAGAACGUUUGGCGAAAGGCUGCACUGAAGGCCCACAAACAACUGCAUUGAUUGCAGCUUUCUUCAUUUGCCGCGACAUGGUCGCGCUGGAGAGUUGAAUAAUUGAGCUGCUACUCAAUCUAACAUUUGUUAUUAUCGAUAAAAAAAAUUUAUAUAUAUAUACUACUAAGUUAAUUUAAUAUAAUCCAUUUUUUCAUAACUGCUUGUUUAUUUUCGUAAUCUAAAAAAACAUUCUGAACCACUUCUCAUUAAGGAAAAGUAUUUCCUGCAACAAAUAAAUUGUAAAAUGAAAAAUUGAA